ACCCAUCACUUCACCCUAAAGCCCAGACCGUUUGUUUGAGUUGUUUCACUUUUACUCAAAUCGCAGAGGUUUUCAUUUCAGAUUAGUGAUGAGUCUUGUCAUCUGCGUUUUGCUGAUCACUUCUUGUGUGACUUUCGCCAGCUCUGAAGAGGAGCUCUAUGGAGUUGUCAAUGAUGGUAAGUUCUACGAGCGACAUCCACCUCAAUAUGCCAGCGACAAUUGGCUGGGAUCAGCCACUUUGAUCGGCAGUGGAGAGUGGAACAGCUUCCAGUUUUUGUUCUUCCACCCAGACGGUACUUUAUAUGGUGUUCACAACGACAGGUUCUACAAAGGGCCUCCGCCUAAAGCUACCGGUACCGAUGCUGCUCAGGACUGGAUGAAUACAGCGACUCUUGUAGGCACUGGAGGAUGGCAUGUCUUCCAGUUUCUGUUUUUUGAUCCUGAAGGGAUACUGUAUGGUGUUGCCGAUGGCAAGUUUUAUCGGCGAGCCCCUCCUACACAUGGCUCAGACAACUGGCUGGGAUCUGCUACACUGGUUGGAAGUGGCGGCUGGCAAGUAUUCCAGUUCUUGUUCUUCGACCCAAUGGGAAUGCUGUAUGGCGUUGAAAACGGCAAAUUUUACAAGAGAGAGCCACCCACGCAUGCAGGAGACAACUGGCUGGGAUCAGCAACUCUUAUUGGUACUGGAGGAUGGAACCAUUUCAAGCUGCUUUUUUUCCUGAAUGACGGCAAGCUGUAUGGCGUGCACAACGACAAGUUCUACAAGCGUACACCUCCUGUCCGUGGGAACGAUAACUGUGCCCACAAGAGUCGCUGUAUUCAUCCAGUCCUGAGCAGCAGUGGUACCCGUAGCUCCAGGCGGAGGCCCUUUGUAGAACCUGUCGUUGUGAACACCAUAUAA